AUGGGUGGCAAGCCCUAUGCCCAGGUACCAGCUAGCUUCAGGUGGCGGCUCAAAUAACUGAGGGGACAGGCCACUUCUACGUGGCUCCCCUCAGAUCCUGAGGGGAUGCCUAGCCCGAUUGUAGGGACAUGGCACGCCAACGGUUUCUAUGGCAACUACAGAAGCAGAUGCAGGAGCGACUUCACCCAGGAGUAUCGCAAAGCAGCCCAGCCACAACCUCCUGAACUCUUCCUGAAGAGAAUGAAGGAAACUCCUUCAAAGCACAUAUUCUCUAAACACGACAACAGGCACGCCUUCCCAGGAUCAGCUACAUAUUUUGAGAACGGCUUAGGAAGGAGGAGAAUAGAUGGAAGCCUUCCCGACACCAAGAACAUAAUUGACUGGGUUCCCUUGAAGGAGGAGUUAAGACGUGAGAGACCCCUCAUCUCAAGCUACCAGUAUGACUUCCACUCUAGAGAAAAGAUCCCCCAGGUGUUAGUUCAUCACUCCCACAGGCAAGGGCAGCCCCUCCAACGCACACCCAGCACCACCUACCAGCACAUGUACCGGAGCUACUGUUUGUAUGAACCCACCCUCAGGACAUUCAAGCGUGAGGUGUCUAAAGAUCCCAUCAAGCCUGCCUCCAGUGAGCCCACCAAGCCUACCUCCAGUGAGCCCACCAAGCCUGCCUCCAGUGAGCCCACCGCCCCUGCCUCCAGCGAGCCCGCCACCGUUCCAGGCUCAUGUGAGCCCACUGCAACAGAUACCAGCAAGACCCCAGAGGCCUUUGCUACAGGACCCAUUUAUGUGCGUCCUGCCACCCACAGGCCAACCCGGUGGACUGUCUCAGACUGUUUGCGCUGGCACAACUGUUGAUCACACGUGAAAGUUCCUCAGUUAUCUGCGAGAACAGUUAAAUGCUCCUUUGUACAAGGUUAAAUAUGGGAAAAAUAAAAUAAAAUCUUGCUGGACUGUGACACAA